AUGCAUCUGUUUCGGCGGGGCACGUCGUCGCUCUUCAAUUCCUCUAACACAUCUCUUGUCUCCUCGAAGACCGAUGCCACAACAGAUGCUGUCGGCGGGGAUACCCUCGCAGUUGACGGGUUCAAGUCUGUCCCAGAAAGCGACAGGCUGUUUGCUAAGCCCGAUCCCGCUGUCGACGGCGAAGAUUGCUUGCACGAUUGUGCAACAUGCACCGUGAAAUACCCCGCCAAGUUCGAUAUCGAUAUGGAAGAUAAGCUAUAUGGCGAAGUCAAAGGCUGGGCCACACAUAUUCUGGUAGCCACAGGCAAAUCUGACUGGGUGCGCGAUGUAGCCGACGAGGCGGGCAGCGUUAUGGAGGCGAUUGAAAAGGGAGGACUAGAGCCAAGCAAUGGGCCCACAAACGUGCUCCUCCUCCCCAGCUUCACCGUCGUCGAGAAUGUCACCCCGCAAUUAGCCCCAGAUCUCAUCGAGAACUAUGUCAACAAGUCUUUGACCACCACCACGCCAUUGGGCGCCGCCCCAGCAUGUGUACAGACCGAGGCCGGCGAAAAAAUCCGAACCUCAAUCCGAAUCUACCACCUCUAUCUCUACCGCACUCACCUCACACUCCUGUCUACAUGCGGCAGUCAUUCUCCUCUGUUCGCAACGCACCCGCGAUGCUCGCUGCGGACAAUCUGCGCCUCUUUUACGUAA